AUGUUCAUAAAGACCAAGAUAUCUGCUGGUAUCCGUGGUUCUGUCGAGCAGCAUAAUAAGGUCAAGGACCUUUUAAAAGCCAUCGAUGAGCAGUUUGCAACAUCUGACAAGGCUUUGGCCAGCACCUUAAUUAUGCAAUUUUCAUCCAUGAAGCUCAUCAGAAUUAAAGGCGUGCGUGAUCAUAUCAUGCACAUGAGGGAUAUAACGGCUCAGCUUGAAGCUUUGGAAGUUAAAAUGUCGGAAUCUUUCCUGGUUCAUUUCAUUCUAAACACUCUGCCCCAGCAAUAUGGACCCUUCAAAAUCUCUUAUAACACACAUAAAGACAAAUGGUCAAUUAAUGAGCUAUUGACCAUGUGUGUCCAAGAAGAAGGUAGAUUGGCAAUGGAAGAGGGUGAAAAGGUGAAUUUUACUACUCAAGGAAAGAGAAAGUGGGAUCAAGCCAAAAAUAAGGGAAAGGGCAAGAUUCCUUUUCAGCCAGAUAUAAGGAAAGAGUCAAAGUGUUUCUUCUGCAAGAAGAAGGGGCACAUAAAGACAGACUGCAUCAAGUUUAAGAACUGGCUCGACAAGAAAGGGUAUACAAAACCUAAGGAAGCUAGUGGGAAGUGA